AUGUGGUACUGGGCGUUUCAAACAAGCAACUUGUUGCAGCGCUGGAAUGUUCCCAUAAAACUGCAGAUGAGCAGACAAGUGGCUAGCUCUGGUGUGCCCGGGGGCAAAGGCGAUAGUUCUGUUUUUGUCCUUAUUGUGGGCUUAUCAACGUUAGGAGCGGGUGUCUAUGUAAUUUUGCAAUGUCAUCAUCUAAGAUGCCCUUCUAGAUCACUGACGUCUUCGGGUGUCCCUGGCAAAGCUGGCAGCAACCUAUUGUUAUACUUAAUUGUAGGAGGAACAGUCACUGGGACUGGAGCUUAUGUAUACAAAACAUUGAGAGAAAACAAAGAGCGAUUCACCAGCCGUGUCACAACAAUAACUACACGAUCUCAAGAAAAGGAAUCGUCUCCUUCUGCUCCGGGAGCUCGCCCUGAGGGUGGAGGAACUGCUGCUUUUGCUGCUGCCAGAUCCAUUCGGGCUCGUGACCCUGGUGCCCGGGUGCUGAUUGUGUCCGAAGAUCCUGCCCUGCCCUAUAUGCGUCCACCUCUUUCCAAGGAACUAUGGUUUUCAGAUGAUCCAAAUGUGACAGAGACUCUGCGAUUCAAACAGUGGAAUGGCAAGGAGAGGAGUAUAUAUUUCCAGCCGCCGUCAUUCUAUGUGCCUGUUCGUGAUCUGCCUUUUGUAGAAAAUGGUGGAGUAGCAGUUCUCUGUGGCAAGAAGGUUGUGCAUAUGGAUGUUAGAGGCAACAUAGUGAAACUCAGUGAUGGUACCCAGAUAUCCUAUGACAAAUGUCUAAUUGCCACUGGUGGUUCCCCAAGGAACUUACCUGCCAUUGAAAGAGCAGGAAAAGAUGUACAACGAAGGCUGACACUGUUCCGAAAGAUUGAGGACUUCAAAAGUCUGGAGAAGAUUUCAAGAGAAGUCAAGUCCAUCACAAUUAUUGGUGGUGGUUUUCUCGGCAGCGAGCUGGCCUGUGCUCUGGGAAGAAGAGCGCGAACCAGAGGCCUGGAGGUGAUUCAGCUGUUUCCAGAGAACGGCAAUAUGGGCAAAGUCUUGCCUGAAUACCUGAGCAACUGGACCACAGAGAAAGUCAGAAGAGAGGGUGUUAAUGUUAUGCCUAACGCUGUGGUCAAGUCUGUCUCUGUCUCUGGCAAUCGGCUGAUGAUUAAACUGAAGGAUGGCCGAAAGGUGGAGACGGAUCACAUUGUGGCUGCAGUGGGGCUGGAGCCUAAUGUGGAAUUAGCAAAGUCAGCUGGGCUGGAGGUGGACUCGGACUUUGGAGGGUUCAGGGUGAAUGCGGAGCUGCAGGCACGCUCCAAUAUCUGGGUGGCAGGGGAUGCUGCUUGCUUCUACGAUAUCAAACUAGGUAGGAGACGCGUAGAGCACCACGAUCAUGCUGUUGUGAGUGGAAGACUAGCCGGCGAAAACAUGACAGGAGCUGCGAAGCCCUACUGGCAUCAGUCCAUGUUCUGGAGCGAUCUGGGCCCUAAUGUAGGGUACGAAGCCAUUGGCCUUGUUGACAGUAGUUUGCCAACAGUAGGAGUCUUUGCUAAAGCAACAGCAAAAGACACACCGAAAAGUGCAACGGAGCAAUCAGGGACAGGUAUUCGAUCAGAGAGUGAAACAGAAGCAGAAGCCUCAGAAGUUCACAUUUCUCCAAGCUCCUCACCCACGCCUCAAGUUCCAAAGCAAGGAGAAGAUUAUGGCAAAGGUGUCAUUUUCUACCUCAGGGAUAAAGUUGUGGUAGGAAUCGUAUUAUGGAACAUCUUCAACAGGAUGCCUAUCGCUCGAAAGAUCAUCAAGGAUGGGGAGGAGCAUGAUGAUCUCAACGAAGUAGCAAAACUUUUCAACAUCCACGAAGACUAAACUCCAGAACGGGAACACUGCAAUAGGAGUGAGUAGGGCAGCGGGGGCCACUGGCUGUGUGCGCCCCUUCAUCUCAGACAACUUCCUCCGAGUACUUGUGAAUAUUUCCAGUCACCUAGAGUUCUAAUGUUUGCACCAAUAAAUUCAGAUUGUUCUAAG